GCUGUCGUCGGAUGCCUCGUCCUCCUCUCGGUGUUGUUGUUCUCGGUGACGCGACGGAGGUGUAGCCUGACGCGGUCUCUUACGUGUCGGUCUGAAUAAAAGUGGAGCUCCGUAGACCCGGGAGUGACGAAGCGAGUCUGUGUUGAUUUUAAAUGACAAUGGAAGCUUGUGCAGAUACACAGCAAAGUGUUGAAACGGGUACAAAGCUGGAGCCUGAGAUUGCCCUGGCACAGGCCUCCAUAGCAACUGGCCAGGUGUCAUCCAGCAGCCCCACAGUGGCCUUGGUGCAGUUGCCAAACGGCCAAACCGUCCAAGUUCACGGGGUGAUCCAAGCGGCCCAGCCCUCGGUCAUCCAGCCUCCUCAGGUCCAAGCAGUUCAGAUUUCAACGGUUGCUGACAGUGAGGACUCUCAGGAGUCUGUCGACAGCGUCACAGAUUCUCAGAAGAGGAGAGAGAUCCUGUCCAGACGACCUUCAUACAGGAAAAUCCUAAAUGACUUAUCAUCAGACGUUCCAGCAGUUCCGUGCAUUGAGGAAGAAAAGUCUGAAGACGACUCAAUCCCGGCCAUCACCACAGUCACCAUGUCCACGCCCAUCUACCAAACCAGCAGCGGCCAGUACAUCGCCAUCACCCAGGGAGGGGCCAUCCAGUUGGCCAAUAAUGGGACAGAUGGCGUUCAGGGCCUGCAAGCACUUACCAUGGCCAAUGCUGCCACAGCCCAACCCGGCGCCACCAUACUGCAAUAUGCCCAGACCAGUGAUGGGCAGCAGAUCUUGUUGCCUAGCAAUCAGGUGGUUGUACAAGCCGCCUCUGGAGAUGUUCAGGCCUAUCAGAUCCGCACAGCACCAACCAGCGCGAUCACCCCCGGGGUUGUCAUGGCUACCUCACCUGCAUUGGGUACAGGGACAGGAACAGAGGAAGUCACACGCAAAAGGGAGGUGCGCCUUAUGAAAAACAGGGAGGCUGCCCGUGAGUGUCGCAGGAAGAAGAAGGAGUACGUCAAGUGUUUGGAGAACCGUGUAGCUGUGCUGGAGAACCAGAACAAAACCCUCAUUGAGGAACUCAAAGCCCUCAAAGACUUGUAUUGCCACAAAUCUGAGUAGGUGCACCAUUAAUCACCCGCCCAUGUACAGAAACUCAGCAAAGAGCCAUGCAGAUGGAUGCCACUCCACCUUUUCUACUUACUUUGCUUUCUUAAAAAAAAACUAAAUAAUAAAAAAAAAAAAAAUGCAAGAAAUUGAUUACAUUGCCCAGUAGGCAAAGUAAACUGCCACUUCUAAAUUAGCAUUCUGACAUCUUGAUGAGCGGAUUUAUUCUCAGAGGAGUGCUCAUAAAUGGAGUGACCAAUGCAAGGGAUUCUGUCACUGAUUCUUGAACUGGAGUUGGAACUGCAAGAUGUCAUCAGCAGUAACGAUUGAACGGUUCCGAUUCCCCCUUUGUCGCGGCGCCCGGCUCACUUGGAGAUCUUGCGUCAUUCAAAUGGCGCUACAACACAAGUUGCUUCACUAUAGUUUAAUGAUGUAUUUGAAUUUGCAUCAUGGAUUUUAUUUUUGAGCUGUGUUUCUGGUCACUUUCUGUUCCUCGAUUGCCUUUGCCCUUUUCGUUCGCUUACUUUGCCUUGCUACAUGAACAAAAUUGUUAACCAUUUGGGUUGUCAUGUUUAAUGCAGCAGAAAACACACGCAAUCUGGUAGUUUUUUUUUUUUAAUUGACAUUUUGUCUCCAACCUUAAUACUGCAGGGUCAUUAUUUUUUGUUUUUUUACUGAUCUGCAGUUUUUUUUUUUUUUUUAAACUAGAUUUCCAAACAUCUGUUUGCAAUAAACAAGGUCUUUUUUAGACCUGCAAUGAGAAAAGAUGGGGAAAAUAUGGAGAAAGAAUAAUUGACAAAGCGUGUGUGCGAUCCAAGUAAUAUGAAAUGCUUUUUGUAUUGUGGCUUUUAUUCUAAUCAUUAUUGUCAUUAUUUUUUUAAAAUAAAAACCAAAAAUAAUGA